CCAGCGUCGAUCCUUCCUAUACACAGUGCUAUUGUGCGCGCAGCAGCCCAAGCGCUUUUUUUUAUCAUCCAUAAACAGCAUGUUUAAAUGUUAGUGUCAUAGUUGAGAGUCUGUGUGAACUGUUGGUCGAUUAUACGUGUGUAAUUAAGACGAGGUGUCAUAUUACAUGUUGUUUAUUUUUAGUGCUGUUCGACGAAAGACUUGUAUUGUAUCAGAUACCUGAUAAUUUAUCGGUGAUAAUUUUUAGAAAGUAUCGAUUUAUGGUUAAAUGCAUAAACUGUCGAAAAGGUGGGGACGCCAUUCGCGAUUAAUUUGCUAGUGGUAUAAAUAGACCGUAUCAUCAAGUCGAUGUGCUAUUUGUGAAUGAGUUUGUGUUAGUAAAGGCGGAAACGUGUGUGCGUGCGUAGAGGCAGUGUGUCUUAUCACGCGCGAGCUGCAAUCCAUCAACAUUCUGUCGCCGAGGCUGCAGUGCCAAUUAAGCCGAGGAGGCCCAGCCACGGCUCCCAGCCUGUCAGUCGGCACCAACAAUACGUCCGACGAGGAGGACGACGAGGAGGACCUGCGCCGAGUCAUGACGGUCCAUCACCAGCAGCGACAGGGCCAGCACGAGGUUGCCGCCCUGAGCGCCGCCGGCCCCAACGGCCUCAACUUGUCCCGUGUCAACGUCGAGUCGCAUCUGGCUCAUCACAUGCUUCACCAGCAGCACCCCCAUUCCCACCAUCCCCAUCAUCCGCAUCAUCACAUGCACAUGCAUCAUCACUUGAGCAACGGCGCCGCCAACCAGCUUCAGGUUCUCGGUCUGAACUUGCACGGGCCCAGCGUCGUUUUGUCCAGCCCCAAUAACAAUAAUACUAACAACGGCAACAGCAUAAAUAACUCCAGUGUAGCUGGCGAAUCAUCGGCUCAGAUCACGAUGCCGCACAGAUCCAAGUUCAUGAUAACGGACAUACUCGCGGGUGCGUCGAGUCCGCCGUCGAGUCAGGACCCUCCGGGCAGUCCGCCGUCCACGCCUAGAGAUUUAAGUGUCAGACAUCAGAGCCGAUUGUCACUUAACAAUAACAGCAGUAAUAUGGACGAGGAUAGUGAUGCGAGUCAUCACGACGCUGUAUCAGUAUCGUCAAACGGUAAAGACGACGACCCAAAGGUACCUUCGAGCUUGAACUCGUCGCAAAGCAAAAAGCAGCGCAAGGCACGAACGGCGUUCACGGAUCACCAGCUGCAGACUCUAGAGAAGAGCUUCGAGAGGCAAAAGUACCUCAGCGUUCAGGAUCGGAUGGAGCUUGCGGCCAAGCUGCAGCUCACUGAUACGCAAGUCAAAACGUGGUAUCAGAACCGAAGGACGAAAUGGAAGCGCCAAACGAUCGUCGGCUACGAGAUAAUGGCCGAGGCGGGCAACUUUGCCGCCUUCCAGCGUCUCUACACUCCGACGGCGAGUCCUUACUGGCCGUAUCCGGGUGCGGCCGCCGCGGUGGCCCAUCAGGCCCAGAACGACCUGCUGUACCGUCAAGCGGCGGCGGUGACGCUGCAGAAGCCCCUGCCCUAUCGGCUCUAUCCGAACGCGCUGAUGCUGGCGGGCCCGAGCAGUUCGCUGGGUGGCUUGACGGCGGCCGGCUCGACAGCGGCCCACCUCAACAAUUACUACAGCUCGGCGUCCCAGAGGGCCAGUCCGACGAGCAGCGAGGCAGCCGCGCACCUGGAGCAGAGGGCCGCGGCCGAGCUCUUGCAGAGGGAGCACAGCGAGCGGGAGCGAAGUAAGAGUCUGGAGAGGACGCCGCCCCCGCCCUCCUCCUCCUCGUCCCAGCAGCAGCAACAGCAGAGAGAGUCCAGCGACACGCCGACGAGCCCGAGGCGAGACGACAGCGACGACGAGAGCAUACACGACGUUUAAUCAGUGAUGAGCGAUUGUUAGCAAUAUAGCAAAUUUUACGUUGAAUAGUGAAAAUUAUAUAGAAAUACAUUUAACAACUGGAUGUCGAGAAUUCGUGCACGGCCGACGGGGGUGCCAAAUGAUAAAUGCAUGCAUUUACUGGGACGCGCGAGAUCCAGGAGGAUGGCGAGGCUCGAGCGGCUGUGUGCAGCAGCAAAGUACCUUGACACCUGCCGCUGGCUGCUCUCUGCAGCCGCGCGAGUCUGCAACUUUCAAUGCACGCGUAGCGUGGACGCAGUCAUUUAAGAGAAAUGGCGGAAGUUAACGCGUGGAAAAUCGCGAACAAUGCCGGAAGCAUGACGUACGCUCAGGAUGUCCUGCGGUUAACCGGUCCUGCGAACAAAUACUAUAUAUAUGCGCUACGCGAUGAAAUCGAACGACGGCGCAAAUACAUACACAUGCGUGCGUGACGUUUGGCCCGACGCGUAUUAUAAGUGCUGCAUAUACAUCGCAUGAGCGAAACAGAUAGUGCAAGAGAAAGAGAACGAGAGAGAAAGGCGGAUGGGGUUAACCCUGACCAUGAAGAAUUUUGAUUUCGUACGCCGCUCGGAUAUUUUUUCUCUCUUUUAUUGUCGUCGUCGAUCGGGAUUGCCGAGACGUUGAACUCUGUGUGUGUAUGAUCGUUGACCGCUCCGGGCCCUAGCUCUUUUUCCGGACAAAUAAUAUCGAUUACGGAACUGCAAUGGACGGAGGAUAUAUAUAUCGUUGGAAAUUGUUAUUUUUUUCUUUCGGUUUGCGUUCUCUCUUUGUUGAGGUAUGUACCGAACGCAUUACUCAGAGUCCUUUUGAGUCUUGAAUUGUGAGUAAUCCAUCGAUAAUAAUUGUAAAUAAAGCCAAAUUUUCAUGAAUUACCAGUGUGUGGUGUGCUUUUAUUUUUCCUCCGCCAAAACAAAUCGGAUUGAUCGUUUCGAUGAAAGAACACUUCUUUGUGCAAUAGUGAAAAGUCCGUGACGAUUAUAAUGAACUUCAAAAAUCUGAGAACGUUAUAAAACUGCUAUCAGGGAUAUAUGAUAUGAUGUAAAUAAUAAUAGUACUAAGUACCUUGUGUAUACGAUGUGAACAGCCGUUUAUCAUUAUUUUUAUCAAGGAAACAUUCACAACUUGUAUUAUAUAAAUUUUAAUAAUGUGUUUGUACCCUGAUUUCGUACAUUCAAAUCUAUCGAGUGUAGAUUAGAAAAAGAAAAGUUAUUAUUCGAUGGCUAAUUAUUCUUUCUCGAAUUCAACGCUAUCGAAUGAACGUAUGAAUAAAUAAGUAUUUAUAGUUGAUAUGGUAUUUAAGUGAAUAGUUAAAACUUAGCCUUCUAGAACGAUCACACAAUUCAGUAGUUGUCGCCGUAUGUUUUAAUGAUACAUUUAAAAAAAGUAUACACACACAACGCUAUUUAGAGUACGAUACAUCAGUGAAAAUGAAUCUCAAACUUACUUAUUAAGUGAAAGUUGCGAAAUUAUGAAUUAUGAAACUUGCAAUUGCAAUGAGGAAGACAAGCAAAAAAAAAUUAAUAAAAAGUAAAUUACAAAAUUUUCGGUACUGUUUUCCAACCAAAAACAUCAUACUUAUGAAAAAUAUAACAAGAUAAAUAAAUGUGUGUGUGUAUAGUCGAGCAUCGAAUAGAUUUUGUGGAGUACCAGUAUUAUGAAUGGAUUAUAUUACCUAGACUUUAUAUAAAGAAAAAAAGAAAAAGAUACGUAUCUAAACGCGCGCAAAAAGCAGAGAGUGUGUAUCCGGUGUGUGAGCAAAAAUGCGUAUAGAUAGGUAGUUAUUAAUUAUGCAUAAUAUGUGACACACACAGGUUAUAUAUUAUUAAUAUACGAUCGAUCCCUGCGAGGUAUUAUAAUAUAAUAUGUAAUAAUGCGCGUCGAAAGGCGACGAGGACGAUCAACCACGACGGCGACGGCGACGACUACGAGAGGAUGGAUUUUUGAUCGAUCGAUCGGCGAAACGAAAUUUGUCCCGACGAGGUGUAUAAUGUGACAACGACGGGAAUUUUAUAUAGACCACCGAGCCGAAAUUGUUUUGCGUGAAAUUGGCAAAAAUAAAAAGAAAUGGAGAAAAGAAACAAAAUUAAAGAAACCAAAUCAAAAAGCUGAUCGAGUUCUGUCUUUAUCUUCGCCGUCACAGGCAUAAGCGCGCGUCAGGAAAAAAAAUUAUAAUUAUCUUAUAGUGAAUCAUGCUUUGUAAUAUAUGUCUG